UUAACUCUGACCUGCAGACUUCCAGCGCUGUCGGCUCUCUUGUCUUGCCCAUCGCUCUUGUGUCUGUUUCCCUGAAGAUGGUCGCUGUCAGAGGACUUUAUCGCAGGUUCUCCCGCCUAGCAAAAGAUGCUGCACAAAAGCAGUUCAAGAAAUAUGAAAAACUUUGCACCACUGGCAUCAUGGCAGAAAAGAAGAAGAGCCAGGCAGUGUCAGACGGAGAGUUGAACAUGUCUGCGCGGGGCUGUGGAGGCAGUAGCUCCAGCCUUCCUGGGACUCCGGGUGGAGAGGCUGGCCAAGCCAACAACGUGCUGAGCUGGGCCGUGUCCUUCGAGAAGCUGCUGGAGGAUCCCUAUGGAGUCCGCCAGUUCACGUCCUUCUUGAUGUCCGAGGUGAGUGCGGAGAACAUUCUAUUCUGGCAGGCUUGUGAAAAAUUCAGGAAGAUCUCAGCCAGCUCUCUGGAUGAGCUGAAGGCUGCAGCUCGCUCCAUCUACAACACCUACCUGUCGGACAACGCCCCCUACUCAGUCAACAUCGAUGACACGGCUAAGACAGAGGAGAAAGACCUGGAACAGCCCACACCUGAUAUGUUUAACAAGGCUCAAGCUCAGAUAUUCAAACUGAUGAAGAUGGAUAGCUACAGGCGCUUUGUGCGCUCUCCUCUCUACCAGAGCUGCACCUUGUCAGGCGUAGAAGGCAAAUCUGUAUCUCAGCUCUCUAAACAGACGGCCCGCACGGGAUCGUGGGAGGACAUAGCCACCAGAAGCCCGUUAAGUGACAAGAAGAACAGGAAGUCAGACUCUAACAGCUUUCCAGCUGGCAGGAGCGCCUCUGAAAAACAACAACAGAAAAGAGGAUCUUGGGAAGAUAGUACACACAUCCAAGGUUCAGUCUCCCGGAAAGAGUCCCAUUUGUCGGUCAAGCCAAACAGCGGGGUGGAGCUUGGCUCCCUCUUCAGGCAGAUAGAGAAUGGCAGAUCGAGUCCCCGGUCCCCAGAGCAGGGUGGUGUGAGUCGGAUAGGGGUGGAGGGGGGCUACUGCUGCGUCUACCUACCCGAUGGCAGUGCCUCCCUGGCCCCCACACGUAACGGUCAACCCAUCAAAGACAUGCUGGCAAGCCUGUGUGAGAAGAGAGGCUUCCCGCUGAAAGAUGUCAUUAUCUACCUUCAUGGCAAGGACAAGCAGCCCUUAUCCCUGGAUCAGGACUGCUCCGUGCUCAGAGACCAGCAGGUCUCUCUGGAGCUCCGGGUCAUGUUUGCGCUGGAGAUUGUCUUCACUGGAAAGACAGUGGGGAUCAUGGUGAAGUCCAGUAAGACGCUGCAGGACGCCCUCUCUGCAGUGCUGCAGAAACACCACCUCAAGACGCAAGAAGCCCUGGUCACCAUGGUUGGUAGCGACGAGCCUUUGAACAUGACCAGCACCGUGUUCAGACUGGCCAAUAAGACGCUUCGGCUUGACAAAACCAAAGGAAACCAGACCACUUUUUCAAAAGGCACUAGUUCUGCUGCAGCAACACAGGCAGGUGGGGUUGAGGCCCGAUCAUCGCUGCAAACAGACAGGGCCAAGACGCAGACCAAGACCAGUAAAAACCGGGAAAUGGAUGGGUUUCUGGACAUGCUGACGAGGGCUCAGGGCUGCAGGGUUGAUGACCAGCGAGGCCUUUUGACGAAGGAGCAGCUGGUGGUCCCUCUAUUCCUGAAGCAGGAGUCUGACCCAGGACCAGACACAAAGCCAGAACAACCCAGUUCAACCAGCUCCUCCACCGACGACUCCAAGGAGACGUCGAAGUCAGCAGGAGCGGGGAAGGAAACCCCCGACUCUGCUGAAUCUGAAGACAAAGACUUGAAGGAAACAGAAGUUUGAGCAACUUUAGUGUUUGUGUGGAAAGGACAAAGACACAAUCGGAAACUACAACAAAUAUCUCACAAAAUAAACAGACCAAUCACGUCAAAAGACAGUGUUGAAUGGUCAUGCACUUUUUAUAAUUGUUUACAAAUAAGCUCUUAGACAGCAGUGUUCUGCCAUCUCUGCUACUGAUAAUCGGCCUGUUGAGGCAAUAUGUAAAGAAGAAUUAAGAUCAUGGCAAGCUUUUAUAGUGUCGUUUGACAACACUACACAUGUUAAUGGGAAGGAUGUUUGCUAUUAAUUGUUUAAGGUAUUCGAAAAAUGUUUUGAAAAUAAGUUUUAGCUCAAUAUUUGAUCCUGAAGCUUUCCCUGGAGAUAGAUCCACACUUUGCAUUUCACAUUGAUUUAAUCUCUCACAAUGUCACAUUGCCUCUAUGAACUGUUGGCAAAAACAUGAUUCUGUUCAGGACUGUCCAGAAGGGGUUAUGAUGGUAUUGCACAAUUGUUCUGUUUUCUUUAUAUGAUUUAAGAUUAUUGAAUGUUUUCACAAAGAUGAGUUUUUAAUAUUUGUAAUUACAAAUGUUCAUUUUGUGUGCUUAUUUGCUAUUUUCAAAUGUGUGUUUGCAGUGCUUAAAUGUAUUUUGGUUUGCUGUGAUGACGCCCUGGUCAAGUCCUGUUCUCCUGUCACCUGCGACAUCUCAGGGUCAGAUCAUGAACUAGUAAUGUGAUAUUUCAGGAAAUUAAUCAGAUGAUGUAAUCAUAAAAAAGAUAUCCCACAGGGUGCUUGAAAAAUAAUUAAAGUGUUUUAUGAUGAGAUAUGAUCCUGUUUGUGUUUGUUUAAGGAUAGACAUCAGGUUUGAGCUCUUGGUCAUAUGUGA